GGGCCAACCCAGCCCAGACCACUGACCACCGUGUCACUAAAUCCUAGAUAACUACUGACCUCUCUCACAGUAGGAAGUGGCAAAACUAUGGCGAACAGGCGAUGCCUACGAACCCUAACCCUAACCCUAACCCUAACCCUAACCCUGACUCGCCAUGACUCAUCCAUCUUCUCCUCAACCCCACCUCUCCGAUCACCACCAAUGUCGUCACCCCUCAAAACCCUAAGCCAUCACCUACACGGUCUUCUCCUCUCCUCAAAACCUUCCCACAUUCUCCGCAUCCCACAACUUCAUUGGCCCCCACAUCCUCGCCAAUUAUCCUCCCAUUCCGGAGACGACGACGACGAAGACUAGGACGAUGAUGAAGAAAUGGGCGAGAGCAGUGAUAAUGAAAAGGUUCCGGUCGAAUUGUGUGUAUUCGGCGGAGGAUAAAGAACUCGAGGCGGACGCUAUUGGGUGUAAAGUGGUGGGGCCUCUCCAUUCUUCUGAUCGAGUUUUUAAACCCUACGAGCUGGUCUUCGCUGCUGUGCAGAUUGGUGCUCACCGGUUCAAGGUGAGCAACGGGGAUUGCAUUUAUACGGAGAGGUUGAAAUUAUGUGAGGUCAGUGACAAGGUGAUUGCUUAAUGAAAAGGGUAUGAUCUCCUGGGCUUUGGUGAUAGCCAAAUUUGAGCAGAGAUUUAGCAAAUCUCUCAAACCAUGCUUGAGGAGACCGCUUCAAAUUAUACAAUGAUUUCAUAGGUGACACGCAUAGAGUUUGCAAUGGUUGAGAAGUCUGGUGAUGGCGUGAUUGGGGGGAACUUGGCCUCUUUGAUUCCUCAUUAAUUUUCUUGGAAAAUUCAAAUACACAAAGAAAGUUAAGGAAACGGAGGCAAACAGUAUGUUGUUCUUGAUCAUCUCAGGGAGAGUUCAAGGGGUUUUUGGGUAUUCACCACCGUUGCCUACAAUCAUUUGGUGGUGCUGUUACAGGUUACAUGGAAACGGUAAACCAGUCAGAACAGUUUUUUUUACUUUUCACAAGUGGAGGUGGUUGUUGGGAUAGCUCUGUUUGAGACAUGUUAUUCAAUACAUGCCUGAGUUUCUGCAUGUUGAACCAUGUGAUAUUUUCCUGAUUGGAUGUUUCCAUUUGGUGGCUCGAAUCUAUCACUGGGGAGCAUCAAGUCUGACCUGUGUGGGAACUCUCAUUUCACAGUUGUCUGUCAUUGGAACUUAAUUCUGUUGGUGAGGAUAUCUUAUUUGGCAGUUCCUUCUAGUGGAAGCUUCAGUCCAUUUGUGGGCAAAUCUCCUUUGGCAGUUGGAGUCCUUUGUUGACUCCAGUUAUCUUUUUGGGGGCAAAUCUCCUUUGCCAUUAGAUCUCUGGUUUCACUGGACAAAUUGUACUGUUGGUGAUACUGGAUUGAUCUCUGUAAACAUUUUCAUUAUCGGUAAAAAUACUUAUUAGUGAAAAAUAUUGUCAUUUUAUAAGCACCAUUCCAAGAUCCUUAUUAGAGUACGUGUCAAGAUAGCAACAGGACUGGCACACGUGUUGGAUGUUCCAAAUUGUUUGAGGAAGGAAAAUUUGAUGGUAACUCCUAUCCCUUCUUACUAUUAAUUUUCCUUUUUUGGAAUUUAUUAUCACAUUAAGUGAAACAAAACUAGCUCAAACUUGAUUUGAUGAAGCUUCUAUGUGGUUGGUAUUAGUGUUUAUUGUUUAAUUAUGUUGAUAUCUCUUAUUUAAACUGCCAUUCUAAUUUUGAGAGGCUGCUUAUAUGAAAUAUCUCUCUAUUCAUGUUCAGGUAUACAUGCUUUUCCCCUUGGGCUAUUCAUUUUUAAGUAAAGAUGUUGCUUGUGUGAUAUUUUGUGAAGGGUAGUGUAACUUUAAUCUUACAAUAAGAUUUUUUGUUUUACUUGAAAAUUCAUUCCGGUGGUAUGUGGUACGUGUGAAUGAUUCUUAUUUUGCUUUUUUGUUUUCUUGUCGUUUUUUUUUUUUUUUUUUUAACAUUUCAUCCUGAUACGAGGCAUUUUAACCCAUUACUUGAAAAGACUUUAUUAGUGUUAGGUGAUCUAAGAUUGCGAGUAAUCUUGGAGUUUAGGGUUUAAGGUCUAAGGUUUAAGUUUUAUGGUAUAAGGUUUAAGGUUAAGAUUAGGGUUAAAGGGUUUUAGGUUUUAAACUUUAAGAUUUAGGGUUUGGGAUUUAAGUUUAGGGUUUGGAAUAAAAGUGAACCAAGGGGUAUGUGUGUUAAUAAAAGUGAAUUGAGGAUAUGGGUGUUUGUAAAUGUGAACUGAGGUGUAUGAGUGUUUGUAAAAGUGAAUUGAGGAGAUUGUCUAAGAGAAAGUUGGCUAUGUGGAAAAAACAAUAUCUCUCUAAGGGAGGUCGUCUUACCCUCAUAAAGAGCACACUCUCAAAUCUCCCUAUCUACUUCAUGUCUCUUUUUGUUAUCCCAAGGAAAGUGAGACUCAGAUUGGAAAAAAUUCAAAGGGAGUUCUUGUGGGGAGAUAUGGAGGAAAGAAGGAAGAUCCACUUGGUGAGAUGGGAGGUUAUUUGUAAAGAUAAGAGGCAUGGAGGGUUGGGGUUAAGGUACUUGAAGGAUUUCAAUCAUGCUUUGCUCAGAAAAUGGCUAUGGAGAUUUCCUAUAGAAAGGGAGAGUUUUUGGAGAAGAGUCAUUGUUGGUAAAUUUGGGGAGGUACAAGGUGGGUGGACCACUAGAGAGGUGAGAGAGUCUUAUGGGACGGGCCUUUGGAAAGACAUUAGGAAGGGUUGGGAGGAAUUCUUUCUCAGAACUAGGAUUCAUAUUGGAAAUGAGAGACAAACCAGAUUUUGGUGGGACAUGUGGGUAGGAGAUUCUAAGCUAAAGGAUCUCUUCCCUUUGCUGUUUAGAAUUGCAGCUAAUAAUUCUGCAAUAGUGGCUGAUCUGUGGGGAAGACAAGAAGGUGGAGGUGGGGGUUGGGAGGUGCACUUUAGAAGACCCUUUCAAGAUUGGGAGUUAGAGGAGGUGAACCGCUUUUUGGGUUACAUUUCUGCAGUAAGGGUGCAAGAAGGGGAGGAUUUUCUGGUUUGGAAAAUUGAGAGAAAAGGAACGUUUAAGGUAAAUUCUUAUUAUAGGUCUUUGAAGGAAGACAAUAGCCCUUUAUUUCCAGAAAAGGAGGUUUGGGGUUCGUAUGCCCCUUUAAGAACUCGUUUUUUUGCUUGGGAAGCAGUUUGGGGUAAAAUUUCCACUAUAGAUAUGCUGAUGAGGAGGGGUUGGUCUAUGGCUAAUAGAUGCAACCUGUGCAAAGAAAAUGAGGAAACGGCGAACCACAUCCUAAUUCAUUGUGGUAAGACAAGGGAUCUUUGGAACUUAUUGUUUUCUUCGUUUGGGGUGGUGUGGGUGCUCCCGGAUUCCGUGAGAAAUUUGCUUGUUGAGUGGAAAAUGAAAGGCAUGGGGAAGAAAAGGAGUGUAGUGUGGAAAAUGACGCCUAUUUGUCUAUUUUGGUGUAUUUGGGGAGAGCGAAAUCGAAGAACCUUCCUAAAGGAAGAGAUGACAAAUACGAGCUUGAGGAAACUUUUUCUUCGGUCCCUGCUUGAAUGGUCUCAACAAUUUGUGGACUUGGACUUGGACUAUCUAUCUUUUCGGAAUUUGUUGGGUGAUAGGGUUGUUGUUUAGCUAAUCCUUUUUAGACUUUAUUUUUCUCUUGUUGCCUUGUUUUGAGCCUUCUUUGUAUACAGCCUGUGUACUUAGGGAGCGCCCCCUGUUUUCUGGCAUUUUUUUAAUCUAAUGGUUCUCUUUGUCUAUCAAAACAAAGUAAAAGUGAAUUGAGGGGUAUGAGUGGUUGUAAAAGUGAACUAAGUGUUUUUAAUAUGAAUUGAGAGGUAUGAGUGUUUUUAAAUGUGAAUUGAAGGGGGGUAUGGAUGUUUGUAAAAGUGAAUUGAGGAGUAUAAAUGUUUGUCAAAGUGAACCAAGGGGUAUCAGUGUUUGUAAAAAAUGAACUGAGAGAGAUGGGUAUUUGUAAAAACGAAUUUAGGGUUAUAAGUGUUUGUAAAAGUUAGUUGAGGGGGUUGGGCGUUUGUAAAAAUGAACUAAGGGGUACAAGUGUUUGUAAACAUGAACUAAGGGGUAUAGGUGUUUCUAAAAAUGAACCAAGGGGUAUGAGUGUUUGUAAAAGUGAACUGAGGGGUAUGGGUAUUUGUAAAAAUGAACAAAGGGGUAUGGGAAUUUGUAAAAAAUGAAUCAAGAUGAAUGGGUGUAUGUAAAAAUAAAUUGAGGGGUAUAGGUGUUUAUAAAAAUGAAUCAAGAGAUAUUUUUGUUUGUAAAAGUAAACUGGUAUAGGUAUUUUGCAAAAAAAGAACCAAGAGGGAUCAAUGUUUGUAAAAAUGAAUUAAGUGGUAUAAGUGUUUGUAAAAGUGAGCCAAGGGGUGUGGCUGUUUGUAGAAAUCAACUGAAGGGCAUGGAUGUUUGUAAAAGUUAACCGAGGGGGUUAGGCAUUUGUAAAAUGAAUUGAGGUGUAUAAGUGUUUGUAAAAAUGAACAAAGGGAUAUAGGUGUUAGUAAAUGUAAACCAAAGAGUAUAGUGUUUGUAAAAAUGAAUCGAUUGAGACGGGUGUUUAUAAAAAUGAACUGAGAGGUAUGAUUGUUUGUAAAAAUGAAUCGAGGGGUAUGAGUAUUUGUAAAAAUGAUCAAGGGGUAUGACUGUUUGUAAAAGUGAACUAAGGGGUAUGAGUAUUUGUAAAAGUGAACCGAGUGGUAUGGGUAUUUGUGAACAAUAAUCUAGGGGUAUGGGUGUUUGUAAAAAUUAACCAAGGGGUUUGGUUGUUUGUAAAAAUGAGCCGAAGAGGAUGAAUGUCUAUAAAAAUGAACUGUGGAGUAAAUGUAUUGAAGAAUUCCAUAGACAUGCAAAAGAGAGAGAGGGCGAGAGAGAGUGCGACGGCGAGUGCGAUGGUGAGGAGGGGGAAGAGAGCCCGGUGCCGCGGAGCAAAAGGAAGGAGUGCAGUUUCACAGUGGAAUCCAAGGCGUUUGAGAUUGUUGUGGAGGAUAGAAGAGGAAAAAUCCAAGGCCUCAUUGUGGAGAAGAAGGGAGGGGUUUCGUCAUGGGUCCGAUUGGGAUCGGAUAACAUAGGGUUUUUCUUAGAAGGGUUGAAUCUCUGUAUCAAGGAUGAGAAAGAAGCAAGAUGGGGAAGGGAAUGGAAGGAGCAGGGGAGAAUGUAUUCUAUGAUACGAGGGAUAAACAGAGCGGGGGGGUUUAUACAGCUAGGGGUCUCUGAUAUAGAGGGGAAGAGGUACUGCAUCUUCAUCCCGAGAGGUAGAAGGGAUAAAAGGGGGUGGAUGACCAUGGCGGAGAAGCUUAAUCAGAUGGUAGGGUUUCUUGGCAAAAAACCAAAUAACCAGGAAGGAAAGGCUGUGGAGAAGGCUGGUGUGGGAAGAUCGUAUGCAACAAUAGUGAAACGACCACUGUCGGGUAACCCAAAUGUCAUUGUAGUGAAGGUGAAAAAGGAGGAAUCAAUAGGAUUAUUACAGAAAUUGGAACAUUGUGUUGUGGCGAGUUGGAGAGAUAGGUCAAGGGGAGAAGAUGAUCUUGAGAAGUUGGGGCAAAUCUGGGCAAAGUCUUGGGACCUUAAAGGUAGUUUAGGGCUGGCUAAGCUGGAUAAGGAAAGAGUGCUGUUGGAAUUUGAAAAUUUGGAGGAGGCUAGACGCGUUGUUUCCUCUGGGAAUCGUGCGAUGGAAGGAAUCUAGGUAGGGAUGGAGCACUGGAGCCUUAGGAGUGGAUGUUGGGCAGAGGAAGAAGAGAGAAAGGAAGCCUAGGUGAGGAUAGUUGGGCUCCCAAUCUCGUUUUAGAGUCCAGAGAUAUUGAAGAGAGUGGGGGACGAAUGUGGCGGGUUCAUUGCAGUCGAUGAACAGACGAAGUCGAUGGGUGAACUCUAAUGGGCCAGAAUCUUGGUGAGAUUGAGAGGAGAACUUAGACCGAGCGUUCUGGAAAUCGAAGUGGAGGAGGAGAUUUACGCAAUGUCCUUAUGGUGGGAAUGUUGGCCGGUGAUGAGGAGAAAUCGCAAAAACGAAGCUGGUCGUCAUAGCAGUGAGGUUAGAGGUGAGGUGAUCUCACGUGUGGGGCAGCGAGUGACGAAGGAGUGGGUGAGCGUGAGGCUCGAGACGCUAAACCCGUCAGACGACGGGAUGGACGUGCAGGGGGUCGGGUCGGGUCGGAUUGAGGUCAGUCCAGUUCUAAGCCCAACAACUCGGACUUGGGCUUUAACUAGCAAAAUACAUUCUUUAAGUCCAAUCGCGGGCCCAAAGAUGAGCGGGUCCAUGGACUUGAAGAUGAAAGGUGUGGCUGCAAGCGAUUUUGGCCCAGAUGCAGGCCCGUCGUUUAGGAUGGAAGAUGUGGGCUGCUAUGCUAAAGGCCCAGCUUCGCCAAUAGCCCGAUCGUCAAACGAAGGCCUAAAUUGUUCAAAGGGCUGCUCCCAACAGCCCGAUCCAGGUGGAAAACUAAGGGAGGGCCCAAAAUCAUCAGCAGCCCAAGAGGAGACGGGCUUUCUGUUGAAGUGUCUCGCCUCCAGUUAUACUCCUGAAUCAGAGCCUUUUGUUGCGAGGGAGUCUGAGGAUACAAGGAAGCUUCAAGGUGAGGUCAGGCUGACAGAGACGGAUAGGGCGCUUGAAGAGGAAUCAAUGAGGUAUGGAAUGGGGUCUGGUUCUUGGGGGAAAAGGGCUUUAGGGGAUUCUCAUCUCAAUUCUUUUCUUUUUGAUCGAACUCCAGGGGGGGAGUUUUACGAUCAUUCUGGGGAUUUGAAUGAGGAAGUUCGGGCUGAUAAUUCAAUGUGGCUAACAGUGUAUGAGGCUUGUAAUGAAAGGAUUAAUGGUUGUAAGGAAUUAGGAGUAACCAAAAGUAAUAGUGACAAAAGUAGGGGGAUGGAAGGGGUCGGUGACACAUAUGAUGCUCAAGUUGAGAGAAGUGAGCCGGAGGGCAAAUGGGAAGAGAGUGGCUUGGCAAGGUUCAUCCAGUUCCUAGGCUUCCCCACGGAGGGGAUGGAGAAGGAAAUAUUGAAUUUUUUGACCAAAAUCAGAAAAAGACUGGAGAAAAUUCAUAGCAAAGAGCUAUUGGAAAAGUCUAAAUUUGAAAGGGAGCUAAGAAGAUUGUAAUGUUCCAUAAAUUAUGAGGGGGGGAUGAAACAGAAAGGUUCAGUACAGGGCAAAGGGCGCCAAAUUAUGAUUAUCCAAUGAAGGUGAAAAUUCUGAGCUGGAACGUGAGGGGAGCAAAUGAUAGCUCCAAAAGAAAAGUGAUUAAGACGUUCAUAAGAAAUCAGAGGGUGGACUUAAUUUGUAUUCAAGAGACAAAAAUACAAAUUAUGACAGAAAGCAUUGCGAGAAGUUUAGGCUCUGGGAGAUUCCUAGAUUGGAAAUUUGUGAAUGCGGAGGGGGCUUCGGGAGGAAUUUUUAUAUGUUGGGAUAGAAGGUCUUUGGACAUUAUAGAUUAGGAGGAGGGACAGUUUACAUUAUCUUGCAGAUUCCGGAACGUAGAAAAUGGGGUUGUCUGGGUUUUUACGGGAGUGUAUGACCCUUUCUCUAAAGUGGAAAGGGAUGCUUUAUGGGAAGAGUUUGGGGCGAUUAGAGGGCUGUGGGAAGACCCCUGGUGUUUAGGGGGGGAUUUUAAUAUCACUUUGUUUCCGAGGGAAAGGAGUAGCCAGAGGAUAAUUAGCUCAACGAUGAGGAAAUUUGCUGAAAUUGUGAAUGAUCUUGGGCUGGUGGAUCUUCCUCUUCAGGGGGGAGAAUGUUCUUGGAAUGAGGGCCAAAAUAAUCAGACUUGGGCACGUUUGGACAGGUUCCUUGUGUCUCCUAGCUGGAUAGACCAAUUCAGUGGGAUUAAUCAAUGUAGACUGCCCCGUCCGAUAUCCGAUCAUUUUCCAAUUAUGUUAGUGGAGGGUGGGAUAAGACGAGGCCCAACUCCAUUCAGAUUUGAAAAUAUGUGGCUUAAGGCUGAGGGCUUCAAAGAGCUUGUGUGCAGCUGGUGGCAAGGAAUUGAUGUUAGGGGCAGUGCUAGUUACAAGUUGGCUACUAAGAUGAAGGAAAUCAAACAGAAGCUGAAAGUCUGGAAUAGAGAAGUCUUUGGUAAGCUGGAGUGCAACAAAUCUGUAGCCUUGCAGUAGGUGGAAUUCUGGGAUAGGGAGGAAAAUGAGAGAGUUCUGACUGUGGAGGAAACAGAGCUGAAGAAAGAGGCAAAGAAAAUUACAGAAAAUGGGUGAUUAUGGAGGAAACUCACUGGAGACAACUCUCAAGGGAAAUAUGGUUAAAGGAGGUGGAUAGAAACACGGGGUUCUUUCAUCGCAUGGCAAGUGCUCACCGUAGAAAUAAUUCUUUGGAGAGAAUUAAGAUCAAUGGGGAAUGGUUUCUAGAGGAGCAGGAAAUUAGGGAAGGAAUUGCUAAUGCAUUUAAAAAUUUUCUCUCAGAAGGUACGGGGUGGAAGGCAGAUAUUGGGAGACUCCAGCUUGAUCAGAUCAGCCAACAAGAGGCUGAGAAUUUGGAGAGGCCCUUUACAGAGGAUGAAAUCCAUGCGGCUCUGAUGGAGAUGAAUGAGGAUAAAGCCCCUGGCCCGGAUGGCUUUACUCUGCCUUUUUGGCAAAGUUGUUGGGAGUUUAUUAAAGAGGAGAUUCUAGAAAUGUUCAAGGAAUUCUACGAACAUAGCUCUUUCCUCAAGAGCCUUAACAAUACUUUCUUGGUAUUGAUCCCCAAGAAAAGUGAGGCUGAGGACCUUGGAGACUUUAGACCCAUUAGUCUCCUGGGGGGGCUUUACAAGUUAUUGACUAAAGUGCUAGCUAACAGAUUGAAGAUAGUAGUUGGAAAGGUGGUCUCUACUUCUCAGAAUGCCUUUGUGAAGGGAAGACAAAUCCUUUACGCUUCCUUAAUUGCAAAUGAAGUGAUAGACUCGUGGCAGAAACGAAAAGAAAAGGGCCUUAUAUGCAAACUGGAUAUAGAAAAAUCUUAUGACAGUAUCAAUUGGAAGUUUUUGUUGAAGGUGUUGUAAAAAAUGGGUUUUGGGCCUAAGUGGGUGGGGUGAAUGUGGAGCUACCUAUCCUCAGCUAAAUUUUCAGUGUUGGUUAACGGUGUGCCUGCAGGUUUCUUUCCUAGCUCUAAAGGUCUUAGACAAGGAGAUCCCCUGUCUCCUUAUCUCUUUGUUAUGGGAAUGGAAGUGCUAGAUGUUCUUAUUAGGAGAGCUGUGGAGGGGGGUUUCUUAUCAGGGUGUAACAUAAGGGGUGGUAGUGAACCUCCUUUGAAUAUCUCUCACUUGUUUUUUGCUGACGAUACAAUUAUAUUCUGUGAGGCCAGAAAGGAUCAUCUAACUCAUUUAAGUUAGAUUUUAUUCUGGUUUGAAGCGGCGUCAGGCCUAAGGAUUAAUUUAGCCAAGAGUGAAAUCAUUCCAGUUGGAGAGGUGGUGGAGAUGGAGGAGUUGGCUGUUGAGCUAGGCUGCAGGGUGGGGUCCUUACCUUCUCAGUACUUGGGUCUUCCUUUAGGGGCUCCCAAUAGAGCGCCUUAUAUGUGGGAUGGGGUGGAAGAGAGAGUCAGGAGGAGAAUAGCUCUUUGGAAACGGCAAUAUAUUUCUAAAGGGGGAAGAGUCACCUUAAUAAAAAGUACUUUGGCUAGCAUGCCAAUCUACCAAAUGUCUAUCUUCAAAAUGCCCAAGAUUGUUGCUAGAAGGCUUGAGAAAGUGCAAAGGGACUUUUUGUGGGGAGGGGGAAAUAUGGAGGGAAAAACUCAUUUGGUAAAUUGGGAGGUGGUAUGUACAGACAAGGAUAAAGGUGGGCUAAGCCUUAGGAAGCUAGCUAUGUUGAACAAAGCUUUACUUGGCAAGUGGAUAUGGAGGUAUGCUUGUGACGAAGAUAAUCUUUGGAAACAAGUGAUCAAGGUGAAGUAUGGGCAGGAGGACUUUGGUUGGAGGCCAAAAAAGGCUAAUGGGGCGGUGGGAGUAGGGGUUUGGAAAGAGAUUUGGAAAUAAUCAGAUUAGUGUUGGGAUAACAUGACUUUCAGAGUAGGGAAGGGCAACACGAUCAGAUUUUGGACAGAUGUGUGGUGUUCAGAGUUAGCGCUGUCCUAAUGUUUUCCUCAUCUCUUUGGUAUGGCGGUUCAAAGGAACUCAACAGUUGAGGAAAUGUAGGAUCAAAAUUCGGGUCAAGGAAAUUGGAAUCUAAAUUUUUUGAGGGAUUUCAAUGAUUGGGAGUUGGAGUUGGUUGGGGAUUUUCUCCAUAUAUUGAGGGGUCACAAACCCUCUUUGGAGGAAGAUUCAGUCCUGUGGAGGAAAGGAAGAAGAGGUCAGUUCAAGGUCAAGGAAGUGUAUAGUUUGUUGGCGAGGUCUGAUGAUACAGGCUUUCCAUCAAGGAGCAUUUGGGUGGCAAGGGUGCCAACUAAAGUUGCUUUUUUCACGUGGGAGGCGACAUGGGGGAAGGUGCUCACUUUGGAUAGACUCCAAAGAAGAGGGCUACAACUUCCAAAUCGUUGCUUCCUGUGUGGUUGUGAGGAAGAAAGUGUAAAUCAUAUCCUUAUACAUUGUACAGUGGUUAGAGCUCUAUGAGAUAUUGUUUUUGGUUUAGUUGAUGUGAAAUGGGUUUUUCUAGAAACUGUAAAGGAGGUUUUAGCUAGCAGGAGGGGCUCGUUUGUGGGAAAGAAAAGGAAAAAGAUUUGGGACGCCAUUCCGUUGUGUAUUUUUUGGACGGUGUGGAAGGAAAGGAAUAGAUUAGCUUUUAGGGGAGGUGUGUUGAACGUGCAGAAGUUAAAGAAUUUUUUUGUAUGUAAUUUGUGGAGUUGGGCCAAAUUGAAUGUAAGUGAGGAGGCGUUCUCCCUUAUAGGCUUCCUAGAGUGGAUAGCUUCCAUUUAAAGGGAGGUGAUUAUUUUUUUGUUGUUGUUUUUUGAGGCCUUAGCUGCCUUGUAUACUCCCUGUAUACCUUGUGGCGUUGUGCCUUUUGAAUGAAUAUCCCUUACUUAUCAAAAAAAAAAAAAAUGAACUGUGGAGUAUGGGCGUUUGUAAAAGUGAAUGGAGAGGUUUAGGUGUUUGUAAAUAUGCACCGAGGGGUAUGGAUGUUUGUAGAAUUGAACCAAUUGGUAUGAGUGUUUGUAAAAGUUAAUUGAUGGUAAGGGUGUUUGUAAAAGUGAAUCGAGGGGUAUGGGUUUUUAUAAUAGUGAAUCGAGAGGUAUGGAUAUUUGGAAAAACGAAUCGAGCAAUAUAGGUGUUGUAAACUUUAAUCGAGUGGUGUGAGUAUUUUUUUAUUUUUUUGAUAGGUAAAGAGAAAUAUAUUAAACAGAAAGAGGAGACACCAAACUAGUGCCCUCUAGGUAUACAGGGAGUAUACAAAAGCAGCCCACAGACUCAAAACCAAGGAAGGGGAAAGAAACAACAACCCCUACCCUUACUUAAAGCCUAGCCACUCAAAAAAGCUAACAAGAGAAUAAGGGCUCAAAACUAUAAACACCCUAACCCAAAACCAAAUAUUACAUACAAAAGAAUGUUUCAGCCUUUGGAGUGAAAACACAUUAUUCCCAAAAGCCAACAAAUUUCUUUCCUUCCAUAUUGACCAAAAUAUACAUAAGGGGGUCAUUUGUCACGCCUUUUUACGGGUUUUCCCCACAAACGCUCCAUGUCAUCCAAGGAGAGUUUCCUUAACUGAACCAAAGAGAACCCAAGCCACAC